AUGACCUACGACCUUGGAGGGUCGAAUUUGACCUGUUCCACCACCGAUAUUCCUCAGACCCCGACAUACAGGAAUGCCUGCAGUCUUCAAACCAGCUGGCUGCAAUCUGUGUUAGGUCGUGAUGACCUGAUGGAGGUCGUGAGGUCAGCAAUGUACCCUGCUGUCAUCAAGAACCUGUUUGGACAGGAUGUGUUACCUAUAGCUGAGAAGGAGGAGUUUGACUUAUUUACAAAGCACUUUAUUACCUUUGAUGAUCAGUUUGAGUAUGGAGCCAAAUUGCCCGGUGUAUUGCUCAGGGAGUGGUCAACGUCCAAGCAGUUUCUACUAAACAUCUUCCGGUCAGUUGUCAGCAAGAUUCAGAUGCAUGAAAACAACAGUCCAGCAAAGAAAGAAACUCUUCUGCAGAUUGUUUGUGGUAUAGCAGACCAGGACUGUAUGGCCAACUACAGCCUGCUGUUUCUGUGGGCUUCGCUAGCUAAUGCCAUCCCGAUAGCCUACUGGACGCUGGCUUUCAUGAUGCAGAACAAGGAUGUCCUAAACAAAGCCAAACAGCAAGUGGACAGUGUCCUUAAGGCAAAAUCUAGCGUGAGUGAGUCAGACCUGCGACAGAUGCCCUACCUCAAGUGCUGCAUGCUGGAGGCUAUCCGAUUGCGGUCACCAGGGAUCAUCACGAGGAAAGUGGUCAAGUCCUUCACUGUCAAGGAGAUGACUGUACCGGCCGGGGAUAUGCUGAUGCUGUCACCCUACUGGGCUCAUCGCAACCCCAGAUACUUCCCUCAGCCCGAACAGUUUCGCCCGGAUCGCUGGGAGAAAGCAGAUUUAGACAAGAAUGUCUUCUUACCAGGGUUUGUAGCAUUUGGAGGAGGCCGCUACCAGUGCCCUGGAAGAUGGUUUGCCCUGCUGGAGAUCCACAUGUUCAUUGCAAUGUUCCUUCAGAGAUUUGACUGUAAGCUGAUAGAUUCUUUACCUGAACCAGUAAGUACAACCUGUGGAAAACCCUGA